GGCGUCUACGAAGCAAAAAAGCUCGACCGCGUGAACAAAAUGUUCAAGGAUGGUGCGAUGCCAAGAUGGCAGUUUAUCAACGUCUUCGAGAAAUGCGCUUCUUUCUUCAAGGACUCCAACAAUAUCAAGCUCAAAUCUGGCGAGUCUCUAUGGCGUGCUUACAACAAGUGGUGCAUGAGUUCCGUGGAUUUCAACGCUGUGCAGAGCGACAUGAACAGGUUCACGAUUUUCAAGAACAACUUUGCCGUCUUGAAGGCCACCGGCUGGUCUCAUCCUGAGCUCGCGCUGGAUGUCCUGAAGUGCCUCCUGCCACGAUUGCAGAAGGAUCGGAAGUGCGGCCUGCUCCAGAACGGCAUGAAGUACGUCGAGACGGUGACCGAGGACGCUGUCCUGUCCUUGUUGCAGCCCGUGAAGAACGAUAAGCUGGCCCAGCAAAUCAGUGACGAGGCCGUCAAGGCCCAGAAAAAAGUGCAGAAGGCAAUCGAGAAAGCCGCGAUGGCGGCGGCGGCGGGAGGCGGCAAGAGGAAGGUGGCAUCUCCGCAGCAACAAGAUAUCGUAGAAAUCCAGCAGGGCGACAGCAUGGCGAAGGCGAUCGACGUGGUGGCUGACCAAUGCAAGGUGGCAUAUCGCAUGAACACUGAGGAGGCUGACGUCAUCAAGUCUGUGUGCCUUACCUCUUGCCUCGCUGGCGAGGCGACGGUGACCGUUCCGUCGAAGAACGAUGAGCCUUAUGAUGUGAAAAUCUGCUCGAGUUGGACAAGCCUUCGCCGAACGAUUAAGAAAUACGCAGCUUCUCAGACCACCGCGAACUGGGAGAUCGAUGAUCCCGACCUCCAGGACUCAGACGCCGAAGACAUGGUGCCGAUCGAGGACCAGGUCCGAAGCGUGGAAGCUUGGAGCGUGGCCGAGGCGUCCCAGUACCUUGCGAGCGAGAGCACCGUCAGUGUGUUGAAGAAGGCCGCCACUUUCUUCAAGGAUAACAAGCUCGACCAAGAUGUAUCGUGCCAUAUGACUGCCAUGACAGCCGGCAACUCCGCGAUUGUGGCAGUGAUGACCGCUGUUCAGGGGAUGGGGCCCGAGAGCACUUACGUCGCCGACGGCGCGAUCCUGUCCAUAGUGGCAAAUGAGGCGUGGUCGCAGGUAGUUGACAUCUUGCCCGAGAACCUCGCCGACGUCUUUGACACCGUGUACCGACUGAACAACGACGCGAAGUUUAUGGCCUUGAAGAACUCGGACCUGUCGGAGUAUCUCAGCCUGAUGGGCGCAAACCCUGAGAAUCGCGGGCAGGUGUUUAUCAAGAAGCUCAUGGCCGAGCUGCUCGCGUGCCAUCAGUUCGUCCUGGACCACCCGUUCGCUGAAUUCAACGUCAAGCGGAGCGAGUAUGCCCUCAGCCUUGAGAAGAUGAGCCCGCAAGACAUGGCAAGGGAAGCUCAGCGGGUGAAGGUGGACUGCCCGAACAUCAGCGUCUUCCCGUCUGAGCGAGCGGCCGUCCAGGCGAAGCUACUUGACCACUUUUCGAAGGGCCACCCCAACGAUAUGGAGGCAGCUGAGUUGUGCGGACUUGGCGGCGCGAGUGCCGAUAAGGUCGCCGCGGCGCUUCACCGCCGCCUUCGCGCAGCCUUGGCCCCGUCGAAGCAGCAGCAGUCGCCGACGAGGAAGACCAGGUGCGACGGUCAGUUGGACGCACUUGGCGGAGGUGAAGAAGAUGAUGAUUCGAAGGUCAGCCUGUCGGGCAUCUUCCAGCAGGCCAUUGGCGACGAGACAGGCGAUGCCGAGGAGAACCCCUUCGAGAAAUCGCUCAGUCUGUGUUCAGUUGGCAGCCUGAUGACUGGAGGAGACUUGUCAGGUUUGGAUAAGUUCAAGAACCUGGCGAGCAUCACGAAGAAGGGCGACUUCAAGAACUGCCCGAUCGUCACGAAGCUGCUCUGCGCCAGGAUCCAGAGCCAUCUACUUGGGGUUGCUGCGACUGGGGGGGCAUACGUGAAGGCCCACGGCGACGCUUACGUCUCCCUUGGUACCGACAAGGCUGGCCACGCCAAGAUCGAUGACUUGUUCCAGCUCACUGAUGGCCCGUCUGAGUUUCUCAUGUGGGGCAGAGUCGUCAGCAGGGCAGUGGCGAAGAACAUCAAUCGCCAAAAUCUGGCCCACUUGGGCUGCUGCCAUGGCGUAGACCUGUUCCUCGAUGGGUCUGGCCACCUCGAGUACGGGCACUCUGACACGUGCUACGCUUGGCACAUCAAACCCUUCGGAUACACGCCUUGGACCACGGAUAUCACUCUCAAUGGCAACGUGUGUGAGUUUGUGCAUGCUCUCCCCACUCUCGUCAGGGACGGCGAUGCCUCUGCAACGGACGGACCGCUGAGGAGGAAGUUGAGCGAGGUCGAUACAGAUGCUGAUUUUUUUGCGAAGGAGGGCGGCCCGUCUACUAAGAAGCCGCGCGUUUCGAAGGCCGCUCAGUUUUGUUCCCGCUGA